AUGGUAAAGAGCUACGGCGUUUCAGAUAUCACCACCUCCAAGUCAGUGACAGAGCACACACUUUUCAUGAUAGGGAGUACAAGCAAGGCAUUCACUGCCGCCGCGAUAUCUCUUCUUGUCGAUGAUAAUAUCAAAUUUCCAAACAUCCAUUGGAACACCCCAGUACAUGGCAUCAUUCCAACGGACUUCGUGCUCAACGACUCAUGGGCAACAUCACAAAUGACAAUAAUUGACAUUUUAUCUCAUCGCUCGGGUUUUCCACGUCACGACAGGGUAUGGCUCGCUAACAUAACGCUUCAAGAAGCUGUGCAAUCAAUUCGACAUCUUCCACUUACAGCAUCCCCACGUACAGAAUUCCAGUAUUCCAAUCUCAUGUACAGUGUAGCAGCUCACAUCAUUGAGACGGUGACAAAUCAGUCUUUUCAAUCCUUUUUAAGAGACAACAUCUGGUUACCACAGGACAUGACGGAAACCUAUCUUUACCUCUCGGAUGCUAAAGAUGCACAUCAAGAUAUUUCACAAGGCUACUUCGAAGACUUGAAUGGUAAAGUGAUCUCCAGCGACCAAGUUUCCAUUGAUAUUCUCCGCGGGGCAGGUAAUAUACUCUCAUCCGUCUCAGACUAUGCAAAGUGGAUUUCAACACUCCUGAAUUGCGGACCGCCUCUUUCUCCAGGGACUUAUGGAAUGUUAUUUGGUGCCCAGUUUGUUGCGGAACGGAAUCCAACUGAGCCCUUUCAAACACCUACGCUUUAUGGCCUUGGGUGGCAGAUUCAGGUGUACAAGGGCGAGACGAUAAUAUCGCAUGGAGGGUCACAGAUAGGGUACGGAGCAUCUGUUGUUCUCUUACCAGAGCGGAACUUUGGCCUGGUUAUACUAGGGAAUAAUAUGAAUGGUACCAGUGCUGCAGCGGAUAUACUUGCCUAUCAUAUUAUAGAUGAGGAAUUGAAGAUUCCACUCGAACAGCGAGCCGACGCAGCCAUGAACACCACCCAUCUCUCCAAACACCUAUUAUCAGAGAUUUAUCCCAAACUGCCCUCCCCACCUUUAUCAAAUCCUUUGGAUUUAUCUGCUUUUGAGGGAUACUAUACACAUCCAGCAUAUCCAGAUCUAAGAAUAUCAACCGAUUGCAUUAGCAACAGCAAAGCAUACGAAGUUUUGAACCGGACAACACCCGAUUUAUGUAUCUUGCAUACAAGACCGAAUGAUUAUUCUAAAGAUAUGGAGUGGGGUCUUUUCCAUGUAUAUGGUACUUAUUGGCUUCAAAUUGUAUUGUGGUCGGGUGGACUCAGUGCUGCUCGCAUCGAGUUUUCGAUUGGUUCUGAUGGGUUGGUGAGUCGGUUGGGUAUUGAGAUUGAACCUGCUAUGGCGCAGAAAGGAGAAAAGAUAUGGUGGACACAUAUUUCACCUUGA